AUACUCGUAUCCCAUACGCCUGCCCAUCGACAAUCAUCUGUUAUUAAUUUUAUACGUGUACAAAAGGGAGAUAGAAACACGAAAGUAAAAUCAAGAUAACGCGUGUGUCGCGUCUCGCGCUCCAUACGAGCCGUAAGGUGAAAUAGGAAAAGGAAUACGUCAUAACUCGCGAAUAGCGCGAGCCAUAACUCUGGGCAAGUGGAAUUAGGAACAGAAAGCUUAAGGGAAAUAAAAAAUCCGACGCGUACGAAUACUUCAAUAUCGCAAUAAAUCCACAAACAAAUGCACAACAAUAUUAUUGAACGAAAUUAAAACCUGCCUUAAGAAUAUCGAAAUCAAAACGAGGAAUAAUGAGACGUCCGCUGACACGCACCGUCUUGCGCGCGCUCUCCCCCUCACAAUACCCAGCACGAUAAACAGGCAACUGCAGCGCGCCAAGGGAUCAAGUAUCGGUAUCAGCGAAGGUAACUGCGUGUCAAGCAGAGUACGACUUAUCAUCAGCAGAAACUAACAUUGCAAGAAGAAUGCAGCAACAAGGGCUUCUAAAGAAGAAACCCUAAUACCUUCGGAAGGACGUCAGCAGAAACGAAGACUGCAGCAUCCGCAGAAAUAAUUACGUGCCAAACUCUGCGUUACCAUGGAAUAAACCGUCACGUGAUAAUUAUACCAUGAUAGUUAUAGUAUAAAUAAGCGUAGCCACUUAGAGCAAAGAUUAGUUGAGUGAAAAAUUAGUCGAGAGUUAAUAUCAAGUUGAGCGAAGAGUUUAGUUAAGUUGAGGUUUAGUUGAGUGGAGCGGAGUUGAAUUAAGAGCCAAGAGUUGAGUUGAGUUUUUCAGAAAACUAGUUAAGAGUGUAGUAUCGUGGACAAAGGGCCUAAGAGAUAUCGGGUGAACCAUAAACAAUGUCGCGAGAAAUUCGAUCCUUCAAUCGAAUAGUUUCGUGGAAAAGGCCUACGUGACCCUGGCUACGAGCGAUUGCGGAACACGUGCGUGGUGGGGCUAAAACAAAAGACAAAGGUAUGCUAAGGGAGAAAGACGAAUUAACAGGCAGUGUGAGUGGAGAAAAGCCGCACAGUGUUAGUUGAGAAGUCAGAGAGUGCGAACUGCGUUGUCGAGAGAUUGUUGCUAGCGUUGUCGAGAGAAUGUGGCCGGCGUGAGAGAGAGCGUUGGAUCCGUGGUGACGAAAAUUGCAAAUUAACUAUCUAAUUGUCUUAAUUAUAGCACGUUGUUGUGUUUAGUUCACGUUAAACGACCAUCGUUUCCUCUUUAAUCAACAUUUGUACAAUCCAUUUAUUAUAAAUAAACUAAUUGUAGUAUAAGAUCCUACAAGAGUGAACAUCAAGAAGUAAACUUGAACAGCCAGUCAUUCAUUGUUCGUUAGUCGUUAAUCAGGAGUUGAAAGCAUGCAGUACGCGAGUUGAAAUCAAUCGGUCUUCAAACAGUUAUACUUAAACAGUUUAAUCAAUAUAUCACUUAGUGCGAUAUUUCCAAUUCAAUCCAAAUAAAGUGCGAUCGGUAGUAUAUAUAAGCAAGUAUAUAUAUGAAAAAUGGAAGAAGAUAAGGAAAAACAAAUUGGUAAAGGAAGAGGAGCUAUUCUUUUAAGGCUCAUGAAAGAAAGGGAAAGAUCUAAAGAUGCAGUUAUAAAAUCAUCAUCAAGAAGUCAAAGUCAAACACAAUAUAAUGUUCCUAAUCCAACUGAAAUACCAUCCAGUUCUAAAACAGGACAUGGAAGAGGUAAUUUAUUAAGCACAUUAAAAUCAAUGCAACGUGCUGGUGCAUCAAGUUCUAAACCAGUAGAAGUAGCUAGUCCAGAUCGAGAGUUGUCAACCAAUGAACCUGAAGCUGCUGGCUUAGCUGAAGAACAAUCAGACAUUGCUGUACAAUCUUUUGAUGAUGCAGGAGUAUUAGGUAAAUUAUCUGAUAUGACAGUACAUGAAACAAAAGCUACAUCUGAACCAUAUACACCAUUUAAACCAAGAUCUCGACAAGGACAAAGUGGAACUCCAAUACAGUUAAGUGGUAAUUAUAUAAGCCUCAAAUUAAGUUCUGGAAAAGGGUUGUUCAAUUAUGAAGUCAAGUUUAAUCCUGAUAUCGAGUCAAGACCACUUCGUAGAAAACUUCUUAAUCAACAUUUACAAGCACUUGGACGAACAAAAGUGUUUGAUGGAGUAACGCUCUAUUUGCCACAGAAGUUACAGCAGGAUAUAACUAUCCUUGAAUCUAUACAUCCUAUGGAUCAGUCAAAAGUGGAAUUAAAAGUAAUAUAUAAGAAACAACAAACCAUGUCUGAGAACAUUCCAUUCUUCAAUGUUUUACUUGGCCGUGUUUUACGAUCGCUUAGUUUAGUUCGCAUUGGCCAACAUAAUUUUAAUCCAAAGGGAAUACAUCCUAUACCACAACAUAAAUUGGAAGUGUGGCCAGGCUAUGCAACAGCAAUUACUGUAUAUGAAGGGGGUUUAAAAUUAUGCAUAGAUGCACGGCAUCGUGUUAUGCGUACAGAAACGAUACGUGAUAUAAUGAUCAACUUUGGAGGUAAACCGAAUUUCAAAGAUGCUGUUGUAAGAGAAUUAAUUGGGUUAUCCGUUUUUACAAGAUAUAAUAACAAAACUUAUCGUGUUGAUGACAUUGCAUGGGAUAAGGAUCCAACAUAUGAAUUUAUUAAAGGAACUGAAAAAGUUUCUUUAGUAAAUUAUUAUAAGUUUCAUUGGAAUAUAGAGAUAAAAGACAAAAAUCAACCACUUUUAGUUCAUUGUGAUAAAUUUAAAUCAUCUACUGGUCAGACACAAGAAAAAAUGAUAUUGUUGGUCCCUGAGCUAUGUUACUUAGCAAGCUUGAGCAAUAGUGUUCGUUCAGAUUUUAGAAUUAUGAAGGAUCUCAUGGCAGUGACUCAAAUGACUCCCAAUGCCCGACGUGAUAUAAUUAGACAUUUCGCGCAAGAAAUACAAAAUAAUGAUGUACCACGGGGAAUAUUAGCUGAAUGGGGUUUAUAUCUGGAACCUGAUGUAAUAGAAUUUACAGGCAGAGUUCUUGAACCUGAGUGCGUUACCUUUGGUAAAAAUACAAAGUUUACACCUUCACCUGACCGUCCUGUAGAUUGGGGUUCAACAGUGUCUAGAAAUGCUCUUUUAAGAACUCCUAAUCUGAAUCAUUGGUUUAUCUUGUAUUGCCAAAAAGAUACAAGAUGUACACGAGAGUUUGCUGGUAUGUUCAAAAAUGUUACAAAAGUUAUGGGUAUGACUGUUAGAGACCCACAGAUGGUUUGCUUAAAAGACGAUAGAAUUGAAACAUAUGUACAAGCACUAAGAAAGAGUAUCCAACAAACGGCUAAUCUAAUGGUUAUCGUGUUUCCUACAAACAGAACUGAUAGAUAUUCUGCGGUAAAAAGAGUAUGCUGUGUAGAAAUGCCUAUAGCUUCUCAAGUAAUUAUGUCUAGAACUAUUUCUCGUGGUGACAAAUUAAAGAGCAUAACAGAAAAAAUUGCUUUACAAGUUAAUUGUAAGCUGGGUGGAGCACUUUGGGCUUUAGCUAUACCUAUGGACAAUUGCAUGAUAUGCGGUAUAGACGUAUAUCAUGCAGGUAAUGGCCAAUCAAAAGGGAGUGUCGCAGGCUUUGUAGCAAGCCUAGAUAAGCCAUUGACAAUUUGGCAUAGUAAAAUCUGUAUACAAGGUAAACGUCAAGAGAUAGUAGAUAUGUUGCAAAUGUGUUUAAUUUCAGCUGUAAAAGCCUACCAUAGACAUAAUAAGCGUUACCCAGAUCGUAUUAUCAUAUAUCGAGAUGGAGUUAGCGAUGGACAAUUAGAGAUUGUUGUCAAAUAUGAGAUAAAACAGCUGUUAGCAUCAUUUAAAGCUAUAGAAAUAAAUUACGAACCAACAUUAACUGUAAUAAUAGUUCAAAAACGCAUUAAUACCCGGAUAUUUGAGAAAUCUAGCUCGGGAUUGAAGAACCCUCCACCAGGAACAAUUGUGGAUUGUUACAUAACAAAGCCAGAUGUCUACGAUUUCUUCUUAGUUUCUCAAAACAUACGUCAAGGAACAGUAUCACCAACUCGCUAUAUCGUUAUAUAUGACAGUAGAAAUAUGAAACCUGAACAUAUACAACGACUAACGUAUAAGCUUUGUCAUUUGUAUUACAAUUGGCCUGGUACUAUAAAAGUUCCAGCUCCUUGUCAAUAUGCACAUAAGCUUGUUUCUCUCGUUGGUCAAAAUAUACAGCUAGAACCACAUCAAUCGCUUGCUGAUACAUUAUAUUACUUGUAAGUUUUAUAUAUGACUCAACAUCCUAGGAUGUUGUGAAUCAGAUCUGCAUGCCACGUAAUUUAGUAUAAAUCAUAAGAGUUCUUAUUAGACUGAUAUUGACAUAAGGGAUUUAAUAUGUUCACACGAAUAUAGUUUCAUAUUUCACUGACAUAUAAAUUUCAAAAGUAUUAUGGAAGAGAUAAAGCUAUUUUUUUGUAAGGUACUACUAAGUCAUUUUUUCUGUCAUAUAUUAAUAUAUGACAAUAAUAUCAGUAUUAAGAUCACUGCUGAUUAAGCUGUUUUAAUCGGUAAGUUGUAAUAUUUCUUUACUCUAUGCAACUAUAACCAAACCAUUGUCAGGGAUGAAGAUAGCAAUUUUGCAAAUUCAUAAAUAAAAUGUUAUAUUUUGAUAAGUAUAGUUUAUAUAUAUACAUAAAAUGUAAUUUAGAAAUUUUAUAUCAUGUUCAUAUAAAUACUUCUCAAUUAUUAUGUAUAAAAUUAAACUGAACUGUUCAACAAUAAAAACAAAUAUUUUAUAUUUUUGUUACAAAUAUAAUUUGUAUACUU